AUGCUGCUGCUCCUCGCCUCUUCGAUCGGAGUGCGCAAGCUCGUCGUGCCUGCGGGCGCGGCGCUGCCGGUAGCCUCGCCGGGCGAGAACGAGCUGCGGAGGAUCUUUGAGGCAGAAACUUUGGAGAUGGACGUGUCUGGUGUGCGGUUGUGGCUGGAGGUGGGCGGCUGGCGGCCGCUCUCGAUGCGGGACAUGCGCCUCUCCGCCGCCCUCAACACGGGGUAUCUCCUCCGCGUCGCGCUCGAUCGGCCACGACUGGCAGAACUCGACGAAAACAUCGGCGAGGCGCUUGGGCUGAGGCCGUCGCUGGAGCAGGUUGUGAGGGAGCGGCUCGACGGCGGCGGCGGCGGCGGUGGCGGCGCGACCGCGGGCGAGCCGUUCGGAGGGCGCAUCCUAGCGUUUGUGCGCGGGACGGGAGUGGAGAGGGUGGUCGACCGGUUCUGGUGGCAGAAAGCGGUCCAUCUCCAAAACACGUGGCUCUCCGACUCUCCCCUCGCCGCCGUCAGACGCUACGCGGCCGGCCUCAACGCGUCGGCGCAGCUCGACGGCCUCGCUCCGUUUGAGGUCAGCGAUGGCGGCGGCGGCGGCGGCGGCGCAGGCGGCCAGCUGGUCGAGCGGGUCUCGAUCGCGGACGAGGUGUCCAUCGGCACAACCGGCGGCAAGCGGCGGCUCGCCUCGUCCCUCUUCCGCAAGUGCGAGCUCGUCGAGCCAACUUUCGAGCAAGUGCUCCUCAUCUGGCGCCGCCGCCCGCCCGCCGCGGAUCCGCCCCGCCGGUUGCUGCGGGACGCCCUUUCCGUCUUGGUUGGCCGGCGGCGAGGGGAGCGCGAGGGCGCUUUGGGGCAGCGGCGGCGAUCCUCGCCGCCGUCGUCGCUGCCGUCGAUUGAGAUGGAGAUCUUUGAGGAGGUGCCGAUGGCCAACCUCGGCGUGGUCCUGCCAGGCUCGCGCGUGCUCGACCUCAUCUCGCUCUCCACCCUCGGCUACGCCCUCUGGGCCUCGCGCGCGCUCCUGGGUGGCCGCCCGCGGCUCAACGUCAUCGCGGGCGUCUCUCUCGCCGUUUGGCUGCUGCGCACGUCGCUUGGCUACCACAACGCCCUCACGCGGAGGAGCCUCGAGCGCGAGGCGCGGCGGUCGAUCGAGACUGGCGGCGCCCGCCUCGACGUGGAUGGCGCGCUCUCCGACCUCCUGCGCAUGCGCGUGGUCGCCUCGCUGACACGCAUGCCUGGCUCGGCAGAGGCGGCGGCGGCUGGGGAGGCGGGCGCGGGCACAGCGGCUGGGGAAGAGGCCGCGCUAGAAGCCGACGGCGCCGAGGGCUCUGGAAACGUGGUGGGUUCCGGCGGCGCCGUCGCCGCAGCCCCGCCCCCCGCAGGGCACGAGUGGGGGGCUCCCGACACGCCACCCGACACGGCCACCUCCUCCAGCGCGGGCAGAGGCGACGCGAACGGCGGCAGCGGCACGGACGGCGCAGGCGACGGCUCCGCUUGGAUCGUGCCGGCGUCGGCCGCCGCAGCGGACGCCGCGCUGGCGCUGCAUUGGUCAUCGUUGCUGCGGCCCCGGGCGGCGAAGGGCGACGCCGCGGCGGGCGAGCUCUGGGCGGGGCGGCGGGGCCGGCGGCUGCGGGUACUAAAUUUCAGCUCUGCGGGAGCCGUCGAGGGCGGCGGCGGCGCGGCGGUGGCAGAGGAAGAGGAGCUGAGCGAGCGCGACUUUGCGGUGGGGUGA